UGCGGCUCUGGCGUCCUCUGUACCUCAUGGCUCAGGCGGAGCCCGCGUCUCAAUAUGCAGGCGACUUGUACUAUAAAUACAAAAAAGUGGUGGACUCGGUGAGGCUGCUCGUCGGCUCGGCCAAGGAAUGCCACGGCCUCGGCGGUAUCGCCGCGGUAAACGCCAGUGGCGCGAUGGAGGCCUGCAAAAAAAUUUUGCAAAGAACAAUCGAAUUUCAGUCGUUCGUCAAACAGAUCAGCAGGCCCUACAUCGCGUACGCGUCCGAAAUCCUCAGCCUCCUCGAUGACAUCGACGUCUCGGCGGCGAACGUCGAAACCCUCGCGUCGUCCGGUCUCUCGACCGCCGAGACCCACAUCCUCAUCCAGAACAUUCACAGCCACCGGCAGCUCGUGUCCGAAGCGAGCACCGAAUUCAAGCGCUGGCUCUACAUCACCGAUCAGUGCUACACCGUCGACGACGAGUCGCUGCUUUCUGCCUCCGAGCCCGCCUCGGCAGCGCAAGCGAAGAACGACUUGAUUUCCUGUCCAAAAUGGAUCCUCGCCCACCUCAUGCAGGCGCGCCGUAACGAGCUCGCCGUCGAAGAAAAAUGGCGCCUCUUGGCCGUAGAACUCAGCUCGGUAAAGCAAAAACUCUCCCAAUCCCUGAAAAACAACUCCGACUCGAAAGACCAAACAAUCAAGAAACUCAACCGCGCAGUAAACAUCCUCGUCAAGGAACUCGACGCAAAGACUCAAGAAAACAAACGACUCAGAGAACUCUGGGGCGAAGAUUCAAGCGCCAUUUUUCCUCAAUCCAUAAACCUCGGUAUCAGCGAUGAAUCACUAAAAUCAACGGAUAACUUCUACCUGACACCCGACUCUCUCAAAGCCACUCCCUCUACCUUUGAGCACCCUUCUCUCAACAAUAGCGUCUCGUCAAAUGACCCCCCGUCCGAACGCCGCCUCGAUUCAACCGAGCUCAGCAACUCAGUCAGCGCCGCCAAACCUCAAGACCACAGCGCGACCAACGUCAUCGGCAACCCCAACUGCAGCAACCCCAAUCUAACUACCGAAAACAAGCCCUCCCCCUCCAGCUAUACAGAAGUCGUGGACUUCGCCGAAGCCCGCAUCUGGCUCAGCUCUGAAGACAUCCGCGCUGCCGUCUUUCGACUCCUAAUCGACCCAGAAUUGACGUUCAUCAACAUUCUCGGCCAAGUCCUUAAGGCCGGACCAGAAGUCGACACCUGCGCCGCCAGUCUAGUCACUCUCUUUCAGAAACAAGGCGUCCACAUGAUGUUGUUCGAGUUCUUGAUUCAAGAAGAAGUCGAACGCUGCAAGUCCGUCAACACCCUCUUUCGAGGCGAAGAACUGUUCUCUCGCGUCCUCCGCGCCUACGUGCGCAGCCGCGGCCAAGAAUACGUACAAAUCGUCCUGCUCCCUCUCAUCAAGGAAAUCGUCACCGAAGAACUGCACUUCGAACUCGACCCCAACCGAGCCGAUCCCAAUACCCCCUUGCAAGAAAACUACAUGGCCAUCAAGUCCCUAGCCAGUCGCUUUCUAGACGUCAUUCUAAACAGCUACGAAUACCUUCCUUCCGAAUUCUUAAACCUCUGCAACAUCAUCUAUAGAGAAUGUCUCAAGCGGCUGAACGUCCCCGAUCUCGACCAAGUCGUCGCCUCCGGAUUAAUUUUUCUGCGCUUCAUCUGUCCAGCCAUCACCUCCCCCGACAGCUUCAACGUACUCUCUGUCGAAUCCAGUAAAGCCUAUCGAACCCUGCUUCUCGUCGGGAAAAUCAUCCAAAAUCUCGCCAACGGAACCUUCUUCAAAGAACCCUACAUGCUCGAACUGAACCAGUUCCUAGAAGAAAAUAAAAAACGCUUCAUUGCUUUCAUCCAAAUACUUUGUGUCUACCCACCGAAGAUAGGAGGCAACUUCAAAUCGCUCAGGGUAAUCACCAACUGCAUUUCUAAGCGCCGAGAUGCCAUCAAGACCGUUCUCACCGAUGAAGACAAGUCCAAAGUCUGGACCCUUGAGCAAUCUACCAACCUAUACGACCGCACAAUCGCACUCAUGGACCUUGUUCGCCAAUUGGACAAGGACCUGGUCAAGUCCCCGGAAACUAUUCACGCCUACUGUCGACUUUUUGGCGACAACGAGGAAUUCACCGUCCAAAUUUUGCGCCUUAUUUCUUCUCUGCCAAACAUCGUCGAGAUAAAGCAAUACAUCAACCACCUUCUAACCAUUUUUUGCUAUAGCGACCGCCUUGAAUUCUUUAUCAAACUAAUCGUCAAGUACGAGGCCGCAUCUCCCGGCGCAUUCCACCAAAACCUCGACUUCACCAAACUCGUCUUCACCGAGUACUCCCUUCGCUACGCUACCCAAUGGCUUCGAAAAUCCAUCGGUUGUAUUCUGAACCCAAUCGUCGUCAACAACGUCGAUAUCGCCGGGUACCCCUCGGGCGGCCGUGCCAACGUUUCCACCAGAGAUCAACCUCUAAUGCCUCAAUCCCUUAAGGACUCUAACCACGAACUCAACGGCUCCUCCUCGCCACCCAACUAUUCCUCUGUCCUAGAGCUAACCAAGUCCGUUUUCCAAUCCAUCAUCUCCUCGCUUCCAUGUUGUCCAAGGCACUUCUGGUUUUUCAUGAACGUACUCUCUCUCUACACCUCCCGCCCCGUCUCCAAAAUUUUCAUACUAGAGUUUUGCUGCAUCGCCAUCGAACGCUGCGCUCAAUACAACCUGGUUACCGAAAAGCCGCAGCGACAAGCCGCCCACACCUUGGAACUUCUAGUCGAUACGCUUCGAAACUGCAUCAACUCUCAGGGCGUAAUCGUCUCUCAAACCGGUCAAGACAUCUCUAAAAAAGAUAACAUAUGGGCCAAACUAGUCUCCGAUCUCAACGAAUGGGUCAAGAAACCUCCUUCUGAAUCCAUGGACUCUCAGCAAAACGACUCCGAUCUCUCUUCUCUUGCCGACACUCUUUUGCAGCUAACGGACUGGAUUCUCAAAAAUCACCUCCCCUCUCUACAAUCCUCUCUUCAGUCCGUUUCUAAGACGCAGUACAUUCAACUCAAAAUCGAAGAUUUGGUUGAACACAUCCAGGACGAAUAUUCAGACUUUUCGAACACUCAGACUCCUCUUUCGCCUAUCAGCUCGUCCGCCGAGCAUCCAAAACUCAAAGAGAGAAAAAGCACUUCCAAGCUGAUCAAAAAGAAGAAAAAAGAAUAAAAGAGCCGUCUCCACAGAUGGGGAGAGGCAAAGUUCCGACACACAAUGCGUGUGGCGAGGAGUAACUUUCCCCAGGACAUGGGUGAUAUGCGCGCUGCAGGACAACCUACUAACAUCUUGUUGUAUAUAAUAAAACACUUUUUGCCUAGAA